AUAUCAAUGUUUUGCCACCUCUACUGUUUCUCCUAUUCGCACUUUUCACUAAAAAUUUAAUAAAUUAACACGAAACAUUUUGGAUUACCUGAAAUCCGCUGACACAGCAGAAAGCGACGGAAGAAGCGCCGAGUCGCCGAAGAGUGCACCUGGAUACCUGAAUACUACCUACACCGCCCGCAGUAGAGGCUAAACCGUAGACAUGUCUGCGCCGGUCAUUAUCGAGGCCACGGUCAAGCAGACCGCCACGCUGAUUUUCAUGCAUGGCCUUGGUGAUACGGGUCAUGGCUGGAGCAGCGCCCUGGCUGCCAUCCGACCACCCUUUAUGAAGGUCAUCUGCCCCACGGCGCCCACACAGCCCGUUUCGCUGAACGCCGGCUUCCGAAUGCCGUCGUGGUUCGAUCUGAAGACCCUCGACAUUGGUGGACCGGAGGAUGAGCCGGGCAUUCAGACUGCACGCGACAAUGUGCACGGAUUGAUACAUAAGGAGGUUUCGGCUGGUAUACCAGCGAACAGGAUUGUUUUGGGCGGAUUCUCGCAGGGAGGAGCUCUGGCGCUGUACUCGGCGCUGACGUACGACCAGCCGCUGGCCGGCGUGGUGGCAUUAUCCUGUUGGCUGCCGCUGCACAAGCAGUUCCCCGGUGCCAAGGUGAACAGCGAUGAUGUGCCGAUAUUCCAGGCGCACGGCGACUACGAUCCCGUGGUGCCGUACAAGUUCGGUCAGCUGAGCGCCAGCAUGCUCAAGUCGUUCAUGAAGAAUGUGACAUUCAAGACGUACAAUGGACUUUCGCAUUCGUCAUCGGACGAUGAGAUGGACGACGUCAAGGACAUAAUCAGUAAAUGGACACAUUGGGAGAGCCAGAACAUGGCUAGAAGGGCGCAAUGCUGCCAGAUAUCAUAGUAGCAUCCAAUGCGCUAGUGUAGUGAAGGUUCCUUCCACAAAACAAAGCUCCUCCUCACCUCCUAGUCAAGACGUCUCGAGCCGCACGAGAAUUGUAUUUUAGUGAUUAUUUUUAUAUAUACACAUACACACACACACAUUAACGAUGAACUUUGGCACCAUCCAAGGGUACCAUCCACGCAAGGCUGUCCUCUCACCUGGUGAAGUGACAAGAAACUGAUUCGCCAAAGCGAAUUGCCAAUAAAGUUAUUUGAUGCUCUCAA